AUGAAAGCAGCUUCAGCUUCUUCUUUAGGAAGAAGGGUGGAGUACGAAGCAAAGGAAGUUAACGUGCCAGGUAAUUCAAGGAAAGGCGAACAAGUGGGAUGUAAUAAUGUAAUAUACGAGACAAAGCUCUCUAAUAAGAAGUCGAAUAACGUUUUGCCAAAUAGAAAAUUAAAGCUCGACCAUUGUGUUUUAAAUGGGCCAGAAAACCAUUCAUCGAUUGAGGUUUAUAAAGAUAUCUAUGAAUCGAAUUCAAAUUGUAGCAUUAAUUCAGAUUCUGCUCCAAAAAGUAACCCGAAGAGGGUGUUUGAAAUGAUAGACCGAACACUAAAUACUCUUUUAGAAAAGAUAGUUCCAAGUUCAAAGAAGAAAAAGGAAAAAAUGAUAAUUCUACAAUGUGUAGAACUUUUGGUAAGAGAAACAUUUGGGGACUCAGCAAAACUCUUCCUCACAGGGUCAGCUGCUGCGGAAGUUGACUCAGAAAUGAGUGAUGUUGAUUUGGUUGUAUUUACUCCAUUAGAUUCAAGACUCGCAUUAACAAAAAUAGCAAACCAAUUCAAAAAUAUUAAGAAAAGACAUAAGGAGGACUGCUUGAGGUGCAAAAAGCAUGUUGGACAUCAGAAAAUCAGAUCUGAUAUUGAACUCACUUCAGAAUGUAUGGAAGGACAUUUAUGUGAGAUGGAGGUGAAUGUAAUUGCAACAGCAAAAGUUCCGGUAAUGAUGUUGAAAAGCAGAUAUUCAAAGUUCAAGACGGAAUGCGAUGUAUCUGUAAACAUGUAUACUUCUUUAAUGCAUUCUAUACUGUUCCAAUGCGUACUUUACUCGUAUCCCGAGCUCCAACCAGUUUUGAGGCUGAUAAAAUAUUGGCUUCAUAUUAGGAGACUCCCAGUCGCUAAAGACGGAGGCCUUCCAUGUAUUGUCUGGCUUCUUCUUGCAAUUGUUCAUUGCAGUGUAAACGGAAACAAGUCUUCAAGAUCUCAAAAGGAGCAUCUGGAAAGCAUAUGCAUUCCAGCUAAGUACAUGCUUUCAAGCUUACAGGUUCAUUCAUCUGGAACCAGCUUUCAAAGUACAGAGUUUGGGUCUCCUUCAAACUCAUUCCAGAAUGGAUCACUAAAUACUUGCGAAUACCGGGAUUGUGAGUCUAAACUAUUGGAAUCCGAACUGGAUCAUUCUUUAGGUCUUUCAACUUUUAAAAUAGAGAAUCUAAGCCACAGCCACCUGAUCGAACGAAACAAGCCUUUUAAUCAUUUUAAUUCAAAUAUUAUAAACUCUAAAGUUCCAGAUAUCAUUGAUUUUGGCGAAACAGGAACCACAUUUAUGGCUCUUGUUUCAUUCUUCACCUCUCUUUGGAACCGAAGCUCUCUUACUUGUAGUGUUUCAGUUAUUAAUAAGAAUGUUCAGCCAAAAGACAUGAAAACGGUUUCUCAAAUAAUAUUCAAUAAUGGGGGAAUAUGGGACGAAAUAUUAACUCUGGAUGAUCCUUCUGCCUCAUUAGUUAGGCAGCUUGAACUUUUAAAAUGCGAAUUAGAUGAUUUUGGGUUCAAAAAUAACUUACUUGCACAAAUACUUAUUCCUGAGGAUUCUUCCAGAGUUGAAAAAGAACACUUUCAUCUUGAACCGAGAGAAUUUGAGAAAAGACAUGAGCUGGAGACAAGUCUAGCUAACAUUCUACCACCAAGUGACUGUUUGAUGGUUUCUAACCUAGCUGCAAGGGUUACCUGUGGAACUUGGUUGGUUUAUUUGUACGAGCUUAAAAGAUGUCACAAUAUUUUGGAGACUUACCUGCAGCAAAUCGCAAUCGCUACCAACGAAGUAAGUGAACAAGAACUAGUCAGCGAACUUUUUCAUCCGGUAAAUGAAGAAAUUUACAAAAUCCCAGCAAAACUUUCAACUAACACUCCCAUAUGUAUACAUCCUUGUAUGGAUCUAGACCUAAUAAUUGAGAAAGAUAUAAUUGCUUUGGUACAAGUUCCAUAUUUUGAACCAAACCACAAAUUCUGUCUUGUACUUAUAUAUGGCCACUUAGUUAUUAUGAGAAUUGAAAAUAUUUGCGUAGACUGGGAGGGAGGAUGGUGGAGCAAAGAGUUCCUCAGCAGAAGAGAUGUGAGAUCAGUGCUUCAUGGGUCUCUAUUUUCCCCUAUCCCACUUUCAUUCAGUCAUCUAGGAAAUGGGGGCUCAGCCUGCUGUAUUUUGCAGCCAUUAGAUUCAAGAACUAUAAACUGUUUUCCAGGAAUUGAUCAAACUGACUUCAAUUCAAAUGAAAUAGUAAUUGACGAAGUUAUGGUCAAUCCUGCAGUAUUCAUCACUCUUCUUAAUGAUGUGGAAUGGUAUUCAGUUGAUGAUAUGAAUGGGUUCUACAUUAUGCCCAUUAAAGAGUACUACAGAUUCCUCGACAUGGAGUCUAUUGCAAAGGAAUCCCCAUAUUGGUACGAAAAUUAUUUGGGAAAGAAUAAUUAUUUACAGCCACAUGUUCCAAGCUGUAGAUAUUGCAAGAAAACUUCAAAUUCUGCUGGUAUGGAAAAGAUCCUCCAGUACAAAAGCCAAUUUUGGGCAAUUAAGAGAAAGAGUAUCUCGUAA